AGCAACAAUUAGAAAAGAAUGAUGGCCGACAACAGCAACAAUUAGAAAAGAAUGAUGGCCGACACUACGUCAUAUUGAGGGCAAGAACUAGUUAAGGCACCCUGUAUAUACAAGACGUCAUUAUCUACUAACGAUAAGCGUCAGUUGUGGAUUCUGCAUGCCAUAAGGCAGCAAAUCUACACAAAUCUACAUUACCAUACCACAAGAAUUUAAAUUUGAAAUUAUGGUGCAGACAUGCUCUGCUCAGUACUGUAAAGAGCGAUCAAAAAGGGCGUCAGGAGUUUCUUUUCACUUAUUUCCCCAAGAUGAAAAAAUUAAAAGUCAGUGGGUCCGUGCAGUCUGUAGCUAUAAUUUCAAGCCUCAAAACCACUCCAGACUUUGUUCAAAACACUUUUCACCUGAUGACUUUGUUAUCAGUGGUUGGAGUUCAAAGAAGGUCCUUAAAAAGGAUGCUGUGCCAAAGACAGUCGAGAAAUUGCCUAUUGAUGAAAACAGCAAACGUGAAACUUUAGUUAUAGAACAUUUACCAAUAAUAGUAGGCGAUACUGUUGUUUCAACUGCAGUAAAUGUGGAAAACCAAAUUAUAGAUCUAACAAAAAAUAUGAAAUUUAUUAUUGCAGACCCUGAUUUACAACCUUCUGUUAAAGAGUUAGAAAAAGCUGAAAAUGAUAUCAGUAACCAAGUAAAUUUAGAAAAUAGGAUUUUAGCAAGUGAAAAGAAUUUAAACACAAAUGAAACUAAUGGAAGAACAAAGAACUUAACAGCUGAAAUCGAAGAUUUAGUUGCAAUUUCUGUAACACAGGAGAAUGACAUUUCUAAUACAACAACAACAGCAAUUAAUAAAUGCAAACAAAAAAAUUUUAAUUUUGAAAAUGGGAAUUUUGAUUAUGAUCAGUCUAGACACUGUGAUCAUUCUUUAUGUAAGAAAAAGAAACUGGUCAGUUUAAAAGAACUCCCCAUUAUUAGUGAAAAGUGCACAAAUAAAUUGAAAGAGCAACUAAUGGAAAAGAAAAAGAAAAUUAAAAUAUUACAACAACGUAACAGACGCCUUAUCAGAAGAAUAAAUAAGUUAAACACAUUCAUAGGAAAACAGCUAAAACCAUUAACUAAUGAAAUUAAAUUUGGAAGUUAUGAAAUCACAAAUAUGUUGAAACAAAUAACUCCUACUGGAAGAGUCAUAAUAGAAGAAAUGAUGAAAACUAAGAAAUCCAAAGGUUACUCAGCUGAACUCAAAAAUUUUGCACUCACCCUGAACUUUUAUUCUCCAAGGAGUUACUUGUAUGUUAAGAAAAUAUUUCCCACUAUGCUUCCUCAUCCUAGAACUCUUCUAAAAUGGUCUUAAGGACAAAACCGAUGUUUAUGAUAAAAUCUGAAAAAUAAAUUUCCUGUAAAGAUAAACAGCUAAAAAUAAAUAAAAUAAUAGUG